UUGAGGGGGGUCAGAUAGAGGCGUAGAGGAGCUGCAGCGUCUGUUCUUCCCUCGUGCUGGAAAGCGGUGCACUUUGAUGCACCGAGGACUCGUUUUUAAGGGCCUUUCGACUGAUGCGCUCAUCCGUGUGCGAUGCUUUUGACCGCCUUCCCCCAGCUGCAUGUAGUAAAGGUUGACGAGCCUGUCGACAUGCUCCCCAAAUCGAGAAAAGCGCUCAGCAUCCAGGAGAUCGCUGCACUGGCCAGAUCUUCCUUUAACGGUAUCUCUCAGGUGGUGAAGGAUCAUGUGACUAAGCCCACAGCGAUGGCUCAGGGGAGGGUGGCUCACCUGAUUGAGUGGAAAGGCUGGUCUAAACCGUUCGACCCAUCGUCCGCCACUCUGCAGUCCCACUUCAACUCCUACUCCCACCUGAGCGAGGGCGAGCAGGAGGCUCGCUUCGCAGCAGGAGUGGCGGAGCAGUUUGCGAUCGCCGAGGCGAAGCUGCGAGCCUGGAACUCUGUUGAUGAAGAGGAUGUGGAUGAGGAGUGUUCCGAAGAGGAUCUCCCUCAGAAUAACGACUUGACCAUCACGACCCAAAGCUCAGACGCCGCGUUGUCCAAUCGGGAGUUUGCGGUGCCGUGCCAGGCUGAGGCUGACCUUGAAACGUUCGUGGACGACCAGAGUGGCCUGCGGGAGUCCGGCCUUUGCCAGUUUAACUGUGAAGAGCAGGCCGUGAUAGAUGUAGUUCCAAAAGGGGUUGAAAAACUACAACUCCCAGCAGAUGAAGCCUACAGCCAGGUCCAUGAGUUCUCCAAGGCUGACCGCCGGCCCUUCUGGAGCCGGGGAGAUUCCUGCUAUCACUCCACCUCCCACUCUGAGUCUGGCCUUUCUCCAGAAGAGGAAGAAGAGGAGGAUGGAAGAGAGGUAGAAGAAGGAGAGGACAAUGUGUUUCAGGAGGUUAUCCGCUGGUACAGCCGCUGCAGGAGCAUCUCCGACACUUCUGGAGCGGCUUCCUUCGACGACGAAGAGGCGGAAGACAGAGAGAUCGCCAGGCAGUGAUGUCCCUCUCUCUAUCUCUCCCUCUUUUCCUUCUCUUUCUCUGUAAGGUCCCUUUAGUGCAAAGGUCACCAGCCCUCCACCUGGAGAUCUGCUCUCCAUCCCUGCAGUGUUUUGUUUCAAUGUUAACACCGUAACGCCAAGGCAAACACCUACUCCAGCUAAUAAACAUCUCAGAAGAUCUUGA